AUGGCGGUUCCCUCCUCCAGCUCCUGCGAGGUCUUGGACCUUGGCUUGGCAGCGAGCUGCGACGAUACAACCUCACAACUCUUCUUCAGCAAAGGUGGCGGCGGUGACUUGUCUUGGCCGGCGGCGGCGGGGGUCGGGUCCGCGCUGACCAACCAAAAAUCACUGGUUGCCCUGUGCGACAAGUACGGGGUGCCCAGGGAGUUCAAGCCGGUGCCCGCCGACACCUUGAGGUGCGGGGUGUGCGAGACGCCGCCUCAGGGCUCGAAUGCCCUGUGCAUCUACUCCGACGCGCUCGAGGCCGGUCUGCGGUUCCCGCUCCACGACUUCUACCUGAAGCUCCUCCGGCACUACCGCCUGGCGCCGAGCCAGUUGGCCCCUAAUGCGUGGAAGUACAUGGCUGCGUUCGUGCUGCGCUGCAAGGAUGCCGGCGUGCAACCGCUGGUAUCCGCCUUCAGAUACUUCUUCUCCUUGUACGCUCACAAGAACGGGGACAAGGCAUUGGAGUGGCACCAUUUCCAGCCCUGCGCCAGCCGUCCCCGCCUCUUCUACGGCACUCUGCCCACCAGGUACGACUGGAAAACAAGGUUCUUCUUCCUUAAGUCCCCGGAGGGGAUGCCGUGGAAGUGCCCGGUGGCGUGGGGCAAGCCCAGGAGGGAGGACGCCCGCGCAGUGGAGCUCACGGAUGCGGCGGUAGACAAGCUGAAGCAGAUUCCAUGCAUCGAUUUGAAGGACUACUUGAGCCUCCACGCCCCGCCCGUCGGCGCUCUCACCAUGCUGCAGCUGCACUCCACGCCCGCGCCCAUGGCGAAACCGGAAUGCGCAGCGGCCAGCGCCCGAGCUCUGGCUCUCACCUCGCACCCCCAGCUGCACGCGGCGUUGGAAGCGGGAGCCAGAGCGGCCAGCGCCGCCGACGCCGCCGGCGAGGGUGACGACUCGACGCCUCGGAAGCGCAGGUGUCCUGGUCCGAGUCCGGCGGCCGUGACGCCUCAAAACUCUACCAUUUCGGCAUCGUUCGAUGGAGCCUCAGGCAGCAGCGGAAUCUCCCUGCCGCCGGGGAUUUGGACAGGCAACUCCGACUAUGAGUACGACAUGGUGCGAAUGCAAGGCGAGCAGCGGGAGAACCAGAUCAAGUUACGGGAGACCAAGUUACAAGAGUCAGAGGCCAAGUUACGGGAGACCGAGGCCAUGAGUGACAAGUUCUUGGACUACCUGUAUAAUAAAAGAGCCGAGAAUGAUCUUCUCAAGGAGAAGCAAGCCCGGCUCAUCGAGGAGCAGGCGGCCGUCGUCGCUCGUAUGAAGGCAGAGCGCGCGGCCGAGGUCGCUAAGCUCCAGGAGGAGCACGCCUCUGCAGUCGCACAGCUCACAAAGCACCUCAACGAUGAGCACGCAGUCAGCAUCGCUCGGCUCAACGAGGAGCACGCGGCCGACCUCGCUCGUGUGAAGGACGCCGCGGAGAAGAAGGUGCAAGAUGUCAUGAAGAAUGUCGUGCGCAUCCUCUGCCCAGAAGCGGACCUGUCACAGCUGGAUGGCCCAAAGCUCAAGGGAGAUCUCGCUGCUGCUGGAACGCCUGAAGCUGAAGGGAGAUCAGCGACAUCAUGA